AUGGAAGAAUUUCUCCCGCCUGGUGCUAGUCUGAAAUGCACAGUUUGUACUUACACUGCAGAUUCAGUGAUUAACUUUCAUCAGCACCUGUUCUCACAUCUUACUCAAGCUGCCUUUAGAUGCAAUCACUGCCAUUUUGGCUUCCAAACUCAGAGGGAGCUACUGCAGCACCAAGAGUUACAUGUCUCUGGCAACAAAAUUCAGAGAGAAAGUGACAUUGAACACUCUCCAAGUGGAAACGAAGAAGGUUUACAGCCAGCAACGGAUCUGUUGAGCAGAAAUGAUGUUCCCCAGAGCCAAAAGACAAUGCAGACUAAAGAUGCAAGUUCUGAUACAGAGCUUGAUAAAUGUGAAAAAAAGGCUCCACUUUUCCUUCCAAACCAGAGACCAGAAACCCAGCCUGCAACAAAUAAGCAGAGUUUUUCAUACACUAAAAUAAAAUCUGAACCAUCCAGUCCAAGACUUGCUUCAUCACCAGUUCAGCCUAAUAUUGGUCCUUCUUUCCCAAUGGGACCUUUUCUUUCACAGUUCGCUUUUCCUCAAGACAUCACUGUGGUUCCUCAGGCUUCAGAGAUAUUAGCUAAAAUGUCCGAACUGGUCCAUCGAAGACUGAGGCAUGGAAGUAGCAAUUAUCCUCCUGUAAUUUACAGUCCUUUGAUGCCCAAAGGGGCUACAUGUUUUGAGUGUAACAUAACAUUCAAUAAUUUGGACAACUACUUGGUACACAAAAAGCAUUACUGCAGCAGCCGAUGGCAGCAGAUGGCAAAGUCACCAGAUUUUUCCAGUGUUCCAGAAAAAAUACCAGAAGCUGUAAGUCCCAGUAAUGGUCAAAGCUCUAUAAACAUCCUGAAUGCAGCUCCUCACACAUCAGAUCCAGAGAAUCAACUUCUGCAGACGUCUUGCAUAAACUCUUCCAAUGUAUUAGAUUUGAUUGGGCCAAACAAUAAAAGUCAUGAAAAAGACUUUACAGCACAAUCUAAGAAGUUGUCAGCUGCAAGUAAUGGUGAUGAGAAGAUAAAUGGAAAACCUUCUGAUGUGAAGAAUCCCAAUGCUCCUUUAGUAGAAGGGGAGAGUGAUCCUAACAAGACCACGUGUGAAGCUUGUAAUAUUACUUUCAGCAGACAUGAAACAUACAUGGUCCACAAGCAGUAUUACUGUGCCACUCGCCACGAUCCCCCACUGAAGAGGUCCGCUUCCAACAAAGUGCCUGCCAUGCAGAGAACAAUGCGUACUCGGAAGCGAAGGAAGAUGUACGAGAUGUGCCUACCAGAGCAAGAGCAGAGGCCACCACUAGUUCAACAGCGGUUUCUGGAAGUGGCUAAUCUUGGCAAUCCUUGUACAUCAACUCAAGAGUCAACAGAGGGCCUUGGAGAAUGUUACCAUCCACGAUGUGAUAUCUUUCCAGGAAUAGUCUCGAAGCAUCUGGAAACGUCACUGUCCAUGAACAAGUGCGUUCCAGUUUCAAAGUGUGAUACUCCCCACUCCACCGUGUCUUGCUUGGAGAUGGAUGUGCCAAUAGAUCUCAGUAAGAAGUGCUUACCCCCGUCAGAGAGGACAUCCACUUCUCCCAAAAGGCUGUUGGACUACCAUGAGUGCACAGUAUGCAAGAUCAGUUUUAACAAGGUGGAGAACUACCUGGCUCACAAGCAGAAUUUUUGCCCUGUCACUGCCCAUCAGCGUAAUGACCUGGGACAGCUUGACAGUAAGGUGUUUCAAAACCCAGAAAGUGAAAGAAACAGCCCAGAUGUCAGUUACGAAAGAAGCAUAAUCAAAUGUGAGAAAAAUGGAAACUCGAAACAGUGCUCUCCUAAUGGAAACUUAUUUUCCACACACUUAGCAACACUUCAAGGACUCAAAGUCUUUAGUGAAGCGGCCCAGCUUAUUGCUACAAAAGAAGAAAACAAACAUUUGUUUCUUCCACAAUGCCUUUACCCUGGAGCAAUAAAGAAAGCUAAAGGAGCAGAUCAGCUUUCUCCAUAUUAUGGAAUAAAGCCAAGUGAUUACAUUUCUGGUUCUCUCGUUAUUCAUAAUACUGAUUUAGAUCAAAGCACAAAUACAGAAAGUGAAUCUCCUAAAGGCCAGGCACCUUCGAAUGGAUGUGCUGUGCAGAAGAAAGAGUCUCUUCCAUUAUUGCCGAAAAACCGAGGCAUGGUAAUAGUUAAUGGAGGACUAAAACAGGAGGAACAACCUGCCGCAAACCCACGGCAAGAGAACAUUUCCCAGAACCCUCCGCAUGACGAUGGGCACAAGUCUCCGUCUUGGAUCUCUGAGAAUCCCUUAACUGCAAAUGAAAAUGUCUCUCCAGCAAUUCCUACAGCAGAGGAACAGUUGUCUAGUAUAGCUAAAGGCGUAAAUGGUUCUACCCAGGCCCCAACCAGUGGAAAGUAUUGCCGACUGUGUGACAUCCAGUUCAACAAUCUUUCAAACUUUAUAACUCAUAAGAAGUUUUAUUGCUCGUCACAUGCAGCAGAACAUGUCAAAUGAAACAAUCGGUCACCUUUGGUACCUGUGUUUAGCAUAUUGUUCCAUACAGUCUAAAGAAAUCUGUUUGAAUUACAUCUGGACAAUCAGGAGAUUUCACUAUUGCUGAGUUGAAGACUUAAAGGUGUAAUUUCAUUACAGUCCAUUAGUAAAGUGUAUUAUUGGUGCCAUUUUCAAAAAUAUUAAUUUAUUUUACCAGCAGUAUUCAUAGCUGUAGUUAUGUUAUUUUUUAUUUAAAAACUUUAUAUUAAAGUCAUUUGUAAUGUUAUUGUAUAGUUAUUGUGUAGCACAUAUGGUUUGCACUGUAUAGUAGAUUUUAAAGAAAAUAGUCACAAACAAUACAGAAAAGCAUUUUAGAAAUAGCUUCAAAAGCACUUGUGUAUCCUGAUUUUUUUUUCUUAUAUGCUGUUGCAGAUAUGUGUAUAUGCUAAAAUAUAACUUGCAAAGAAGUUUCAACUAUGCUGUAAAGUUCGCCUUAAAAUUUCAAUUUUUUUGAACAAUUGGGCUCAGUUUGCACUUUAUAUUUUAGCAGAUACAGUACCUUAGUCAUUAGGCUUUGCAUUUGUAUGUAGCAGUAUGUUUCUGUCCACUUUCUUAAUCUGAAACGUACGUUAAAUGAAGAUGGCAAUUUUUUUCUUGUAUAGUACUUGUAUUUUCUUUCGCUGAUGCAUCUCUGUCUCAAUUUUUAAACCUUUGCUGUUAAAUGCAAUACUUUAUAAAGAAUGAACAAAAUUACUGGAAGCAGUAUUGUAAGUAAUGAGGUCAUAUCAAUCAGUUUUAUCUUUUGAAAGGCACAGUCUAAAUCAAAACCCUAAACUCAAUGCUGCAAUUAUGAAUCUAAUUCAUAUAUAAGAUAUAUUUAAAUAUAAGAGUAGCAAUACUGCAACUGGUGAUCACAAAGAUAAUGUUCUACUUCUGAUAGAAAUAAUUUCUCAACAAAUGUUGUUACUAUGCAUGUAUAUGGAUGGAAUAAAAUUCCAGAUCAUUGGA